AUGGCGUCGGUGUUGGUCCGCGGCGGGGCCCGCGGGGUCCGCGCCGGGCUGGGGCUGCGCGCCGCGGGCGGCGGGCCCGGCCCGGGGUCCCGCGAGCAGCUGGAGGCGCUGGUGAAGAAGGACAAGGUGGUGGUGUUCCUCAAGGGCACGCCCGAGCAGCCCAUGUGCGGCUUCAGCAACGCCGUGGUGCAGAUCCUGCGCCUGCACGGCGUCAGGGGCUACGCGGCCUACAACGUGCUGGACGACCCGGACCUCCGACAAGGGAUCAAAAACUACUCCAACUGGCCUACCAUCCCUCAAGUGUAUCUGAACGGCGAGUUUGUCGGCGGCUGCGAUAUCCUCCUGCAGAUGCACCAGAACGGGGACCUGGUGGAAGAACUCAAAAAGCUGGGCGUCCGCUCGGCCCUCUUAGAUGCCGAGAAAGACCAAGACUCAAAGUGAAAGCCUUCCCCGUCCCACCUGAGCAGGAAGCAUGGAGACUGUGAAAGAAAAUCCAGUUAGUGUCAAAGACUCAUUACCAAAAAAAGCCUUACCGAUUGCUCUGUUGUUGUGCCCGUUCCCAAGAAGGCAACUCUUUGAACUGACGCGAAGGUUUGGAGCAGCGUGGGGAGGGUUUCAGUCCGGUGUCCGGGGCUCAAGGAUGGUGAACCGACCUAACCACCGCACUGCAGCAAUCCGAUAGUGCGUCGCCAACAUUGAUGUAAACCUGCUGUAUUCCUUGUACCCUCGUUUACUCUUUGCCUGAUGCAGGAGUAAAGCAAACAAAUAUGAGUUAUUGCUGUGGCUCUUCUGUGGGCGUGUGCCUCCGCGUAGAUAAUAUAUAUAAAAGAGGGUUUUUUUUAA